CAGACACCUCUUUUUUUUUGAGUGCGGAAUUCCUCUGCCCUCUGCCCUCGCGCCCCCUUUUCACCUCUCCCCCCCCCCUCCGCAUACCACCGACAACAUGAGCUGGGACAACACCCGCGCCGUGGCCGAUGCCGUCCACCAGCACCUGAGCCCCACCAACCCGGCCGGCUCCUUCCUCAUCACCGGCUACAAGGACGACAACACCCUGACCGUCCUGGAGUCUGGCACCGGCGGCGUCGAGGUCCUCAAGGAGCGCCUCGCCGAGGACAAGGUCCUGUACAUCCUCCUCCGCAUCACCGACAUCAAGGACGGCAACGCCCUCUACCGCGACGUCCUCCUCAGCUGGUGGGGCCCGAAGGUCAGCAAGAUCAAGGCCGCCCGCAUGCGCACCCACCACUCCCUGGUCUUCGACACCCUCCGCCCCAACCACAGCCAGCUCGAGGUCCUCGGCAAGCGCGAGUUCACUGAGCAGAUCAUCCGCGACCGCUCCAGCCCCGGGUCCGGCUCUCACGUCAUUGAGUAAAUCCCCCACAAGCUGCCCGCCCUCGCCGCCGCGCGCGCCCUUCCCGUGUGGUGGCCUGUGUACACACAUGCCCCCUCCACACACACACACACACACGCGCG